AUGGCAACCUCACCGCCGAGAAGAACUUUACGAAGUUCUAAUCGAUUAUCCCUAUCAUUGACUCGUAAGAGAGGAAAAACGAAACAAGACUGUCCACAAACCGUGUCAAAUGCGUCACAAUCGAGGGAAACUCUGCCAAAAUGUGUGGAAAUCCCUGCUAUAUCUGUUACCGAUCAAGAAGUAUCACCAGUUACGGAGCAACAAACAAGUGGUUCGAUUUCCGAACCGGUGGGCCCAGAGAACGCUGCUAGCUCCUGCAGAAUAUCUGUAAGGAAAGAUAUGUGUUCAGUGGAAACUAUCAUUAUACUAAGUGACGAUGAAAUUAAUGGCGAAACUCCAUCGAAGAGAUCGAUUCAGGAGUACUUUACUCCAUCGAAACAUGCAAGCAAUAGUUCGGAAACGUCGACGAACUGGACCACUGGAGGCAAACGCAGCAAAACUGCUAACUCUUCGGUGAAAAAUAAUGGUUCACAAACGGGUCCUAGAAAAGAAAUAGGUAAAGUACGUCGUAAGAUUUGUCCAAGCACCAACAUAAAGAUGCUAACAAAGAAAUACUUCGACGACUCGCAAAAACGAAUAACAAACUUUUUCAACAAAGAGGAAGAUCCGGAACGUGUUGGAUAUUGUCGAGUACUGAAAGAAUCGGUUAUGCCAGCGAUCAUCACAGGUGACAUGGAUGUGGAAAAAAUGCUAAAUGUAACAGUAGAUGAAAGUAUCGAGCGAUUGAGCUUUUCACAACAUGCUUCCCCCUUCACUAUACCGGAAACAGCCUCCGAGAUGAGCACAUCCCAAAUUAUGGAACGUAUCGAACGUGUGCAAAGUGCAUGUUACGAUCCUGUACGAGAAGAUUGGAACAUGGAACGGGUAGCAUUUCCUGUUGGUGUACCAACAUUGAACAACAACAUUGAAGAUGUGGAAGUCAUGCAUAAGACUGAACUUCCCAUAAUGAAGUACAAAACUAUUGAACCCCGUAAGCGACCGAGUGGCAUUUUCCAAACACCAAACAACAAAGUAACACCCGCACCAAAAUCAUCUCGUAGCAAGGGAAUGAAUAGUGGUAGGACAACAUUUAGAAAAAAAAUCAUGUGUCCAUCGUACAAAAUCAUUGCGGGGACCAAUUUUGCUGUUGAUGCGUUUCGAUACGGUGAUAUUGAGGGCGUUACGCACUACUUCCUAACGCAUUUUCAUGCGGAUCAUUACAUUGGGCUGAAGAAAACAUUCUCGAAGCCUAUAAUAAUGUCUUCAAUAACGGCUCGGCUUGUAAAGACUUUUAUAAAUGUGAGCGAAGAAUUUUACCGCGUGAUAGACCUGCAUCAGAGUAUCACUAUUGAUGAUGUCGAAAUAAUAGCACUGGAUGCUAAUCAUUGCCCUGGUGGAAUAAUGUUUUUGUUUCGCUUGCCAAAUGGAAGCAAUAUGCUACACACGGGAGAUUUUCGAGCAUCUCCCGAAAUGGAAGAGUAUCCAGAGUUUUGGAAUUUCCCGAUCGAUUGUAUUUACCUAGACACUACGUACCUUUCGUCAAAGUACGCUUUCAAGUCACAGUGGGAAAGCGUUGCGGAUGCCCGAGAAGCUGUAACAGCAUUCCUGAAAAAACACAUCGGUGAAAAGGUGCUAAUCGUCUGUGGAAGCUAUCUGAUAGGCAAGGAGAAGGUUUGGCUCGAGUUAGCUAUGGCCACUGGAAUGAAAGUAUGGACGGAACCAAAUCGAUGUAAAGCGCUAAAAGCGAUAGCAGAUCCACAAUAUCUGUCAGUGCUUGUGGCAGAUCCACUCAAAGCAAAUAUACACGUGCUGGCCAUGAAAAAACUUUCGUACGAUGAAUUGGGCGAAUAUAUGAAUCAGUUUCAUGACCGAUACGAUUGUGUAAUUGGAAUACGGCCUAGUGGAUGGGAGAAAAAUAGCAAACCACAGUACCGAGGGCGGAUCAACAUCGUGGGAGUAGAAUAUUCGGAACAUUCAAGUUUUGAUGAGUUGAAACGCUUCGUCCAAUUUAUAAGACCGCGUGAAGUGAUCAGCACGGUACCAUAUGGAAAUUCCAAUCAAAAUCGUACUCCAACAGUGCCUGCCUCUUGGUACCAGGGAGAUAUUCGCCCACAAAGGAAAGCCUUGCAACUAUCCAUAACAAACUUUAUAACACCUGUGAAAGAAGUUGAUGUAAUUAUGCCAAAUGUAAGAUCUACCAGCUUACAGACCCGUUCUUUAUCACUACGGCCCAAAACAGAAGAGAAUAGUGUUAACGCUGCAGGAAGUGCGACCGACGUAGAGGUAAUUGAUGUUAUAGAUAGUGAAGAUGGGGAAGAUUUAAAAGCCUCUCAAAAAUCGGAAAAUGGAGAACUAAGCUACGACAGUGAUUGGUUACCAUAG